AAAUAUUGUGUUGCUUUUACUAAAAAUGAAGCCGGUGUUAAUAACCAAAAAUUGGGAGCAUUUGUAUUAAAAAAAUAUGAUGAUUGGAAACAUGCAUUGGAAGACUUUAAAAAUCAUUCAAAUUUAGAAUAUCACAAAAAGAGUUUACUAGAUGCCGAUAAUUUCUUAAUCAUGCUUAAAAAUCCAACAAGGGCAAUCGAUAAAGUAAUUGACAACGCAAAAAACCAACAAAUAUUGCAAAAUCGAAAAAAUAUUAUUCCAAUAAUUGAGGCAGUGAUUUUGUGCGGCCGUCAAAACUUAGCAUUAAGAGGACACCGUGAUUCAGGAAAAAUUGAAAUCAAUGAUUCAAAAGUUAUAAAUGAUAAUAAUGAAGGUAACUUCCGAGAAAUUUUACGAUACCGAGCUCAAGGAGAUAUUGAAAUGAAAACCUAUUUGGAAAGCUCGGGAAAGAUGAAGUAUACUAGUCAUAGAAGUCAAAAUAAUAUGAUUGAUGCUUGUAACAAAAUUUUAUUGGACAAAAUUGUUUCUAGAGUAAAUACAGCAAAAUGUUUUUCAGUUCUUGCUGAUGAAACUGCGGAUAUUUCAGGAGUGGAACAGGUAUCGCUAUGUGUUAGAUAUAUCAACUCAAACACAUUAAAACUUACUGAAGAAUUUUUACAAUUUGUACCAACUAAUGAUAUGACUGGUAAAGGAAUAGCAAAUUUAAUCCUAGAAAAUCUUCAACAAUUUGGUAUCAAUACUCAAUAUUUACGUGGGCAAGGAUAUGACGGGGCAGCUGCAAUGGCUGGAAAAUUUAAUGGUGUCCAGGCUCACAUUAAAGAAAUUCACCCAAAUGCUUUAUAUGUUCAUUGUUCAGCCCAUUCGUUAAAUUUAGCUGUUUCUAAAUCCUGUAGUGUACCAGUCAUACGCGAUUGUCUUGGGACAAUAAGUCAAAUCAGAGAUUUUUUUAUUUAUCCAAAGCGGAAGUCGGUUCUAAUUCAAAAAAUAGAAAACUCGUCCGAAACAUCAUCUAAAAAAACGCUUAAAAGAAGUUGUGAGACUCGUUGGAUUGAGAGAUACCAUGCCGUUCAUGACUUUUUGGAACUCUUUGAGUAUGUUGAAGAAGCUUUGGAAGAUAUUUCCGAAUGGAAUGACAAUGAUACAUCUGAAAAAGCAAGACGACUUAGAAUCUCUAUGUUAAAUUCAGAAUUUAUUAUUUGUUUGUUUGUUUUGAAUAAAGUAUUUGCAUUAGGUUUAGUCUUAUCAAAAGUUCUCCAGCAAACAAAUAUAGAUCUCAAAGAAGCUAUGUCAUUGGCACAAAACACAAAACAAGAACUUGAAGAGAUAAGAUUGAAUGCUGAAAAAGAAUUUGGAGACAUUUUUGAACGAGUAAAAUCACUGGCUGAGAAAGUUGACAUUGUGAUAAACAUGCCAAGAAUAUCAAAAAGACAAACCAACAGGUGUAACAUUCAAACAGACGAUCCAGAAAUAUUUUAUCGAGUAUCAGUAUUUAUUCCAUACAUCGACAAAUUCAUUAAUGAAUUGGAAGAAAGAUUUACAAAUCACCAAAGUACAUUGACAAGCUUCCAUUCCUUAUUUAAAGAAAGUGGUUAUGAAGAAGAUUUUAUAUCUCUUACAAAACAGUACAGUGAAGAUCUGGAAGAUAUUGGAAAUUGUGAUGAGGUAUUCAAAAAUGAGUUCAAACUUUGGCAACGAAAACUUAAAUCUCUAUCAGAAACGGAUAAACCAAAAAAUGCAAUGGACGCUAUUUACAUAUGUAAUGAAGCCAUGUAUCCAAAUAUUUUUAAGUUACUUAAAAUAUUAGCAACUCUACCAGUUUCUUCUGCCACUAAUGAAAGGACAUUCUCAACUCUCAAGAGAAUAAAAACUUACUUACGCAACUCUACUUCUGAGGGAAGACUUAAUGGUCUAGCUAUGCUCUCGAUCAACAAAAAUGAUUCAAUUACUCCUGAUGAAGUGCUGGUUGAACUAUCCAAUAAAAAAAGGAGACUAGCAUUUUUAUUAUAAAUAAUUAAUUAUAUAAUAUAUAUAAUAUUCUGUACUCGUAUAUAUUA